GGUGAAGAACAUCUGAAUGAGUCCCCAGACGAGCAGAUUGAAGAACAGGACCACAUGGCCCAGGAGGGAGACUAUAGCUAUGGAGGCGAAGGAGACUAUAGCUAUGGGGGAGGACAGGAAGAUUACAGCUAUGGGAAUGGAGGCUAUGAGGAUUAUAGCCAUGGCCAUGGCCCAGAAACGACUCCAGAUAUGGUGCAAGGUGCUCAACUGCCGUUGGUGGCACCAGAGGCGCCACUGAUUGGGGGACUUGUCAUCCCAGUUGCCACCCAUGGCGGCAUAUUGGAUCUCUCAGCCUGUGCGGGUCAGCAAUGCCCUUUGCGUACACCGUACGCUAGGCCUCAGUACGAGUUGGCUGUGCUCUUUGCUGCGGCGGCGUCCUUGAGCGAAUUCUACAUCCAGGUGGAAGAAAACAUCGUGGCACAAGAAGGCUUCGUGAAGAUGUUGAGAGGUUAUGUGGCCGAACAGACCGUUCCAAACGUCACCGCCUCGUGGAAUCUGGUCUCCAUCGGCCGCGACGGGUUGCACCGGAAGUUGAUGCGUUCGCAUCAGUUGAUCCGCUUCGCUGAGCUCUUGCCCAUCUUCCCAGAGGUUCCACCAGAUUCGUUGAUUUGGGACUAUGUGGAUGUCAUCAACAACCAAUCAGCUCCCAAGGCGUGUUACAUUGCCUUCUCAGCCACAAAGAUCAAGCGAUCAGAUGUGCUGCUGCAGUACCACAAGGCCGAGGCCAUCAUCGAGCAUGUGGGCGAUGUGUCGUCAUUGGAGGGAAAGGUUCAACGCAUCCAUGAUGACUACUUCAAGAAGCACAACCUGUUGUCCACCUUGUUCGACAACCCGGCAGCGGACAUCUAUCCAGGUGGCAACUUGGAUCAAUCCACCUCCACCCAAUUGCAGGCUCUCUAUGGGGUCCAUGGCAACUCUCCCAGCAUGGGUGGAGCACCGGCGGUGAGCCUUGGUUCCACGAUCUUUAUGGAUUUGGUCGGAAAGGCGGUGUUGGAGGUCGUCUUUCGCAAGCCCGUUUCCGUCCGAGCCCAGGAACGCUGUCGCCAGGUGUGUCGUUGCAGGUAUCCAUCAGCGGAUUUGCCGACAGUUGUGGAUAGGCCUAGCAUAAUUCGGUCCCCGGCCCCGAUCGCCUCGGUCGUCGCCAUGGGAUCGGUGGCCUGGUACACAGCGGCCAUGGGCGCGCUACGACAACGCGCGGGGUGGCAAGAAACGCUGCAGUUGAUGGAGGAGUUGGAGGCACGUCACCUCGCGGACGUCAUCACCUGCACCGCCUGCGUGGGCGUCUUGGGCAAGGUGGCCAUGUGGCGAAGGGCCCUGGAGGUGCUCAAAAGGUUGGAGAAACAAAGCAUUGAACCAGAUGUGGUGAUCUACAAUGCUACGAUGAGCGCAUGCGAAAGAUCUGGUGAAUGGCAGCAGGCCUUGAGUUGCCUUUGCAACAUGCCAGGCCAUCUUCAAGCAGAUGUGGUGUCCUACAACGCCACCAUCAGUGCCUGUGAAAAGGGCAACCAGUGGCAAAGUGCCUGGCAUUUGUUUCACCAGAUUUCCCAGCAUCAUUUGCAGCCUACAAUCAUCUCCUUCAACGCGUGCAUCAGUGCCUGCGGCAAGGGAAAGCAGUGGCACUUCGCAUUGCAUCUUUUGUCAGAGAUGCAACGGAGCCGCCGAGGCAACGAAGUCUCCUUCGCCUCGGCCUGCGACGCCUGCGCGCGCAGCAGCCAGUGGCAACAGGCACUGAUCUCUGCGGCUGGGCGUGGGGUGGUGGCGCAAAGUGCUGCGGUGAGCGCCUGCGAAAAGAUGGGGAAGUGGCAACACGCCAUCCUGCUACUGUCGGAUCUGCGGCAGCGCCAUCUCAAGCUGGAUUGCGUGAUCUACGGAGCAGCCAUUAGUUGUUGCGAGAAGGCGCAACAAUGGCAGCGAGCACUGGUUCUGAUGGAGGAAAUCGACGGCUCCAUAGAUCUUGACCUGGUGACGAUGAACGCCGCCAUGAGUGCCUGUAGCAGCAGUGCCCAGUGGCAUGCGACUGUCACACUCUUCCAGCGACUGGGAGACAGAGACCUGGAAGCAGAUGUGAUCAGCUACAGUGCAGUGAUCAGCAGUUGUGAAUUCUUUCAUUGGCAAUGGGCGUUGAGCUUCCUGGAUGAGGCCCUUGCACGUCUCAUCCAACUGGAUGUGAUCGCCUACGCUUCCGCCAUCACCGCCUGCGCGAGAGGUGCCCAGUGGCCGCAAGCGGUGCAGCUCUUCGGCAGCAGCCGGCGAGCUGCCAAGAUGGUGAACGACGUGGCCGUGGACAUGGCCAUCCGUGCCUGCGAGAAAUCCAAAAAGGGGAAGCUGGAGCUGGUCUUAGAACUUCUUCAGGAACUUCAGGAGGAUGCCUUGAAGAAUCCUCGCUGUGGUCUUGUGACAUUUGCUGCCAAAAAAGCUGGGCUGGUUGGAAACAUGUUGGAACAUUGUGAUCCGAUGACAUUCCGUGGCGUGCGACAUCAAUGGGCCCAAAUCAGGCCCGAAUUGGCCGAUCCCGACUUUGAUUUCGUGUUUCCAAACGCGGAGCUUUCGGUCGGUCGCGCAAGAACAGGCGCGGUGGUGGCCCCCACCACCGGCUUGCGUGGCAAGUUGGCGCUGCCGGCGAAGGGUUUUUGCAGCGUCUACGAGCCGUUGACCAACUUUUCAGGGCGGGAGGUCUUUUGGCGAUCCCCCACCAGUCGUCCUGCAGCGAAUGUGGAGUGUGUCAAGGUCACUUUGUUGGAAGCACCAAAGAGUAGUGUCAUCAUCCGCACCAUCCGAGUGAGGUCAGCCAAAUCCGUGCGGAGAUUGGAAUCGGAUAGUGAGGCGCCUGUGGUUGUGGUCGCAAAGCCUCGAUCCUGGCAGGCAGAAAUGAAGAGUUGGGCGCAGAGGGUCACCGUGGCCUUUGCCGCCGGAGGGUUGGCCGGCACAUUGGGCCUGGCUGUGACAAUGCUGCCCUGGUUUCCAAGUCCAAAGUCGCGACGAAGGAGCAAGGUCUCACAAGCAUAA